CUAACCAUUUCAAAAUGUUAUCUGAUUUAGACAAGACAUUUCAGGAAAUCACAAAGUUUCAAGGGACUUUGCAGUUGCAUAAAGUCCGUUAUAUAUUUCUAUAUUUAGCGAAUGACCAUUUGGCCUUUUAUCAUGACUUAAUUGACGGAUUACCAGUCAACGAAUUAUGGCAAAUUAUAAAAAUUCCAAUGCGAACCAUCCACUUUAAGCCUGGCCAAGAGCACCUGUUGGCUUCCAGACAAUAGCACCUAGGCGAGGCUUACUUAAAUUACAAGUGUCCGGCUUAUAAGCUGGCACGUCACCAUCUCUGUGGGGUGAAAUAGGAACAAGAUAAAUGCAUUUGUUUCGCAUCCGUGGCGCUGAUUAGGUGAUAUUACAUCGCAGGACCAAAGGACACAGGAUGUGCAGGAUGAUGUGGGGGGGCCUUAAUGCACUGCAAAUUGAAAGAGGAAACGCAGCUACGACUGAAACUGACGCACAAGCAGGCCCAUUGCCCCCCUCUUCUCUUUCCCUCGAAAAAUGAGGGGGGGGCUCUUUGCCACUGCAGCGGCUGAUGUAGCUAAAUUCAAUUUCCAGUAGUUUGCAUUAAUUUCCCGGCUUAUGCCGACCGCCAGAGUGCGCCACUCACUUUCCGCCCCCGAUUACCCCUCCCACACUUUUCCCUCCCUACUUUCACAUUCAAUCAAAAACAGCAACAGCUUUCGCUGUUUGAGAAAGAUAGAGAAAGAGAGCGCUAUGGCGAGUGAAUGCUGUGGAAAAUCCAGCGAGUCGAGGGAGAAAUUUCCUCAUUUUGCAAACGCAUCUGUAGCUGUGUGCUCGUGUAUCCUGUGGCUCGAUUUCAGGCGCAGGAUAUUCGUUUAGCCGCCGACGCGAGAUGCCGAUGCCAUGGAUGCUGGCCGGGCUUUAACGAAUUUCCCCACAUUUUAGUCUUCGUUUGCCGAGCGUCGUGCGCGCAAGUAUCCCUCAGAUACGCGGAUAGACGGCCUCCAAAAAAAAAAAAAAAAAACAAUAAAAAAAACAACAAGAUAUACCCAGAACAAAAAGAAAGUAAAAUCUGAAGAAAAAACAAUAUACAACCAAAUUCGAGGGCAAAAAAAACCAAUAAAACCAAUGAAAAAGAAACGCAAACGUGCAAAGUGUAACUGAAAACUCCAUCAUUUUCUUCAGCAAAAAAGCUAAAAGGAAAAAAACACAUAUUUUCCUCCAGCUCUAUACAUAAUUCAAAGGCAGCAGCAGCUUUUGCAACUCUUCGGGAACCCAAAAAUGAGUUCGUUUUAUGAAUCAAACGGAGGUGGAGAUUAAUUACGAAAGGACACACUCACCCGUGGGUGAAAGCUUUAGCAAUGAGCUGCCUGCACUUGAAGAACUUCAAAUGCGCCAAGCGGUCGCAAUCUUUAACCAGAAGUUAAGCAACUGAAUAUCAACCCAUUAAUAUACACCAAACUCAAGCGAAUUUCUUGGCAAGAAAUCUUUGCCAAAAAAGAAAAACUAUUGGAAAGUGUUUCUAAACGAGUGGCUUUAAGUAUGCCACCGCUCAAGCAGCUGGAGGCGGUGCUACCGGUGGUGCUGGCCCUUCUGUCAUUACUCCUGGUGGAUCCCUCGUUUGCCCAGCGACCGCUGAUCAUGAACCACACCUUCAGCUCGCUGCCAAUGUCCCAGCACCCGAGCUUUAACAGUUGGCCAGGUGCCUCCGGAGGAAAACAGCUGCGAAAUGGCAGACUCCAUGAGCAACCUUUGCCCCUGCCGCAACCUACUUUGCCGGUGGCCACGCAGUACGAGGAUUACGAGAUGGCACCGCCAGGGUCACGAAGGGAUAACAAACGACGGUUGGCCCAGAUGGCUCAACGCCCCGGUAGCGGUAAUGGCGGGCGACGUGGCAUGGAAUCCCUGCGAAAAGAGCUCAUGAAUCCCUCGGUUGGUGGUCCAGGCGGGGGAAUAUCGGGCGGAAGUGCCGGUUAUCCUUCAUACUCUGCCACCUCAUCCAUAGGCCGAAUCGAUGGACUAGGUCAGGGCAUUGGAUCUGCGGAUCGUUAUGGAUCCUUGUACGAACAGCUCAAGCAACCCAGUGGUAUGGCAGCCAUGACAGCUGGUCCUCAGGGUGGUCCCUACUCCACUAGGUUUCCCCCUCUAUACGGUGUGGACGACCAACCCAAGCGCCCGAAUCAGCGUAAGAACUCCAUAAGCGAGCUCUACAAGCUGAAAAAGGCCCUUAACCAGGCAGAUGAGCCUGCCGGCGGGGUAACGCAUGGAAACUUUGAAGGAGAUCCGCAGCCAUCGUCGGCAGAUCCACUACAGGAAAUCAAGGAUCGCAUACGACAAACUCCACCAAAUGCGAACACCUACGCCCCAUACACGGAUGCCACGCCGUCAUCAGAGUACGAAUACGAGCUGGGUGUUAAAUGCAAUUUCGAGACGCCGUGCUCUUGGACCUGGGGAAACUACACAGACGGCUUUCAAGUUAUAUCCGGCACGGAGUUGUCCAAGCGGAAUCUGACAGGACUAUUGCCAGGACCUGCAGCCGAUAGUAUCGAUGAUGCCAACGGACACUUCCUGUAUGCCCGAGUAAGCCCGUCUUCAAGGCCUCUGAAUCUCACCUCACCGGAAUUUAGCACAACGAUGGAGAAGUGUUUUCUGGAGGUGUAUAUGCAUCAGAGCGACAUGAACUAUGGACUCUCGAGGGUUGUAGUGGAGCCACUUCAUACGGCCGAAAGCAGUUGGGUGCCAGCCGAAAUCCUGGGCGAUAAUGUCCGUCAAUGGACCAGGAAGGUAUAUCGUCUGGGUCGCGUUUCACGCGAUUUUCGUAUAGUUUUCGAGGUGGUUCCCGAUCUGCGUCCUGGCCAAAAGGGUCAUGUGGCGCUGGACAACUUGCGAAUGGUCAACUGUUUCCCAGAGGGUACCAAGUCGGAGAAGUGCAGCACAUCGCAGGUUAAGUGCACUGCCAAUAAGGUGCCCGUGUGCAUCCACCUGCCGAGAAUCUGCGACAUCACCAGGGAUUGUGACGAGGCGGAGGAUGAGCAACAGUCGUGUGAUAAAAUACCCUACGGUGGACGCUGUGACUUCGAGGAGGACUGGUGUGGCUGGCGGGACUCAGGAAAGACCACUCUCACCUGGUCGCGGCACACCGGAUCCUCACCAACUCACGAUACUGGACCUGACGGCGAUCAUACGAUGCAGCAUUUACAGAACAACACCAGUGGCUACUAUAUGCUGGUCAAUAUGAAUCAGCAUAUGAACAAUACGGAAAAGAACUCGAUCAUAGGAUUUGCCAGUAAUGCAAUUAUGGUCAGUAAGACCUUCAAUCCGCCUCCAUCGGUACAUGGAAAUCCAGAUUCUGCCUAUCGUAACUCCUGUGUGGUGAGGUUUUUCAUCCAUCAAUUCGGCAAGAAUCCGGGUAGCAUUAAUCUCUCCGUGGUGGAGAUGAAAGAAAAGGAGAACAUCACCACAACGCUUUGGUGGAGCACUAAGAAUCAGGGCAGCGAUUGGCUGAGAGCUGAAUAUGUGCUGCCUAACAUUACUUCCAAAUACUAUCUUCAGUUCGAGGCUCGAAUGGGCAUGAGAAUCUAUUCGGAUGUGGCUGUAGAUGACUUUUCAUUGAGUCCCGAAUGCUUUGGCCUCAAUAUCCCGGAAGAUCACCUCGGUGGCUAUAACUACUGGGACGUUCGACAGAAUCUAAAGAGCCCAACCUAUAAAGACUUUGAAUACACAAACUAUCUUGAGCUUACUAGCUGCGACACUCGUGGCAUGAUAGGACCUUCCCAGGCGCAAUGUGAAGCUGCAUAUAAGGAGCAAAAUAAAACUCACGUCCUUCGGGAAGUCCAUGUGGUGGAGGAUCAGAGCAGCUACAAAGGCAUGCAAAAGUGGAAGGUUCCUCACGAGGGACACUACACAAUCAUUGCCAAGGGCGCCAGUGGAGGUCUCGGCUCGGGUGGCGUUGGCAGCUCUCGAGGAUCGGUGGCUGUUGCUGUUUUGGAGCUUCACAAACACGAGGAACUAUACUUCCUUGUGGGACAACAGGGCGAGAAUGCCUGCAUCAAGUCCAUGGGAGUCCUCAAAGAAGCUGGUUGUGGCACCGAUCAUGACCUGGAUUUGGGCCAAUAUAGCUUCCGUUCCAAACAGGAUAUGGUCAAGAAAAUCUAUAUAGAAAACGGUGCCGGUGGCGGUGGUGGUGGAUCGUACGUGUUCCUCCUUAAUCAGGCCAAGAACGAGGCAGUACCUCUCUUGGUAGCUGGUGGUGGCGGUGGUCUCGGAAUCGGACAGUACAUAGACGAGGACUUCCAGCAUGGUCAAAAGGCAAAGCCCUUGCAGGCACCGGAAAGUGGGCAGAUCAAUGGAGAGCCGCUGAACAAAAAGACAGCUGGUCCUGGUGGUGGAUGGCGGGCUAAGGAGGAUCAGGCCUUGAGUCCAACCUAUGGAGCUGCUCUCCUUCAGGGCGGACGUGGUGGUCACUCCUGCUAUGUGGAACUGGCGGACAAUGGUACUUCAGUUCACCGACAUGGCCAAGGUGGUUUCGGCGGUGGCGGAGGUGGCUGCAAUACCGGCGGUGGAGGUGGUGGCUACGCUGGUGGAGAUGUCUAUCUAACCGAGUCGAAUGGCGAGGGAGGUAGUUCAUACAUCAGCCCCAGCCGUAGCCUCCGGGAGAUAAGCGAUAUACAUGCAGGAGCCAGCAGUGGACCAGGUGCCAUCAUCAUUAUCCCGGCGAUUGAGGGCUGUGGCUGCGACUACAGGUGCGUGGCUUUGGAUGAGUUCCGAUCGAAGGUGAGAUGCAUCUGCCCGGAUGGCUGGAGUUUGAAGAGAGACAACCAUACAGCCUGCGAGAUACGCGAGGAGGCGGGCAAGUCAUCCUUCCAGUAUCUCGUCUCCAUUCUAAUGAUCUCCCUGGCCGUUCUCUUCAUCUGCAUUGCGGCGCUCAUCUUUAUGCUGUACAAUCGCUAUCAACGAAAGAAGCAGUCGAAGAAGCGCCAUAAGAUGCUCGUGGAGCAGGAUCUUCAAUUGACACGCUUACGGAACAACAUCGACGACUCAAAUCUGAACAACUUUAAUCCCAACUAUGGAUGUGAUGGUAUCCUCAAUGGCCACAUCGAUGUCAACAGUUUACCCCAAGUGGCACGCGAUAGUCUCCAGUUGGUUAAUGCCCUGGGCAAAGGUGCUUUUGGAGAGGUAUAUAUGGCUCUAUAUCGCCAUCGAGAUGGAGAUGCUGUUGAAAUGGGGGUGGCAGUGAAAACCCUGCGCGAAGAUCCCAAGCGAGAAAAGGAGGAGGAUUUCCUUAAGGAGGCAGCCAUAAUGGCCAAAUUCAACCAUCCGAAUAUGGUGCACUUGAUAGGCGUCUGCUUUGAUCGUCAGCCGUAUUAUAUAGUCUUGGAACUACUGGCUGGCGGGGAUCUACAGAAGUUCUUGAGGGAGAAUAGAAAUACCCCAGAACGACCUUCCCUCUUAACGAUGAAAGAUCUUCUAUUCUGCGCCUUGGACGUGGCUAAAGGAUGUCGGUAUAUGGAAAGCAAGCGAUUCAUCCAUCGGGAUAUCGCCGCCAGAAAUUGUCUACUGAGCAGCAAAGGUCCUGGUAGAGUAGUGAAAAUCGCCGACUUUGGCAUGUCCCGAGAUAUCUACAGAUCGGAUUACUAUCGUAAAGGAGGCAAAGCGAUGUUGCCCAUCAAAUGGAUGCCACCGGAAGCCUUCCUUGAUGGCAUAUUCACUUCCAAGACAGAUGUCUGGUCCUUUGGCAUACUCCUGUGGGAAGUCUUCAGUCUGGGCCGUUCACCAUAUCCAGGUCAGCAUAACACUCAAGUGAUGGAACUGGUGGUGCGUGGCGGUCGAUUGGGGUCACCCACCGAGUGUCCCGUCUCCAUAUACAAGGUCAUGGCCGACUGCUGGAAUCCCACGCCAGAGGAUCGGCCAACAUUCAUUACGUUGCUGGAGCACCUGACCGCCUGCACCCAGGAUCCAAGCAUAAUGAAUGCUCCAUUGCCCAACAUUCUGGGCCCCACAGCCUCCGAAAGGGACGACACUGUUAUCAGGCCACCCAAUGGCGAGGAGUUCUGUUUGGCGGUGCCAGAUUAUCUGGUGCCCUUGCCACCAGGUGGUAGCAGUAAUCCAUCGGUGGCCAGUGGUUCCGGCUAUGUUCCGGAGUCACAACGUCAACAGAUGAGCUCCUGCACUCCGCCGGCGGUCACCUCACCCGCCGCACCACAUCCAAGGCCGGUGGAGAACUUAGCCCCGACCAGUGGAGAUUGCUGGGAAACGUCCUUUAUACUACCAAACUCCAAGGUUGAACCACCCGUAGCUGGUAGUGGUCAUGAUGUCCCACUGGCUUCCGGGGAGGAGGCCAAACUGAUCAGCUUGGACACACCACAGCCCACACCAACCACCAUCCAACCACCCCUAUCCUUUGCCUCCCAGCUAGAUGGCAUCACAUUGGAUCCCUCGGCCCUGACCAAGGGUCAUUUGCCCAAUGGCAGUGCCAAGCAGUCGUAUGCCAAUGUUCAGGUGAAAAACGAAACCGAUGGCAAGGUCAUCAAUGGGGUGGUGGGCAAUGGCACGGUGAUGAACGGAGAAGUCUCAACGGGAUCGGGUGGUGCCGAUUCACCCUUCACCAUUCAGGGCUACGCGGAGCGAUACAAGGACAACAACAAUCAUUCCGAAAUCAGUUGUUAAAGGGCACUCAGAAAUAUGGUUUUUCUAGAGUCAGGAUUCUAAUUCAAAGAUCUUAAACUAAAAUUUCCAAAUUAAAAGUGAAAAGUUUCUGCAUAUUUUUGUAAAGAUUUCAAAAAUCUUUAACAAAACAAGUGAAACGAUCAAGGAUCUAUUAAUUAACUAAAAUAAUUUCGAUUUCUGAAUUAUAAUCCUGAUCUCAGACAGCAUCUUUUUCGCUCAGUGAGGCGCCCAGGAGGAGUUCGUCUAGUUUUGGGGCAAUCACAAUUUUGCUUGCGUCUCACCGGCGCAUUAAAUAAAUUUAUUCUCGAAUCACAAAGAGAGAAAAACCGAAAAUUGGGAUAACAAAAACCGAGUGAGAACUUCACAAAAAAAAGAAAUUGUAUUGUAAUUUAAACUUAAAUUUGUAUUGCGUGAAAACGAAACAAAAACAAAACCAAAGUCGGAUUAUGAAAAACAAAAAACAAAAACUGCAAGUAACACAUAAACUUAGUUGGAAUAAAUAGUUUAGUUUUUUACCA